CAGCAAUAUGGAAGGAUGGUCCAUUAAGUUAUAUGAAGCAAUUAAAUGUUAAGAAAAUAAGUGAUUUAAUAUUUGAAUGGAUACCAUACAAUGACGGAAAUGAAAAAAUUGAUGAUUUCAUCCAAAAAAAGCAAUUAAAAAUUAGUAUCGAAAGUUAUAUCAUAUUUGAAUGGAUACCAUAUAAUGAGUUUAUUGAAAUUAAAGAAACAGAAGGUAAUUGUUUAACUACAGCAACAUGGGAAAAAGGUCCAUUAAUUUAUGAUACUCUUAAAAAGGAAUGGGUUAAAACAUCAUAUAAAAAAGUUUGUUUAAGAUAUUUGUAUAAUUCACAAAAUGUUACCAAUGAAUUUAUAGAUAAGGUUAAAACAUAUUCAAAUCGAAAGGUGAAUAAUAUUAUUAAAUUAUAUGGAAUAUCUCAAGAUCCAGAUACAAAAGACUAUAUUAUAGUUCUUGAAUAUGCGGAAGGUGGAAAUUUCAGUAAUUAUUUGAAUAAAAAUUAUGAGAGGUUUGAUUGGUUUAAUGGAUUAAAAAUAUUAACUAAUGUUAUUGGAGGUCUUAGUAAAAUUCAUCAAAAACAGAUAGUUCAUUGUUAUUUUCAUAUGGGAAAUAUAUUAUUUACAAAAUUGAGUUAUUUUAGUGAUUAUAAAGCAUGUAUUUCCGAUAUGGGAUUAUAUAGAAAAAUUGAUGAUAUUAAUGAAACAAAAAUUUAUGGAGUUAUACCUUUUGUAGCUCCCGAAGUGUUAAAAGAAAAAUCUUAUACUCGAGAAGCAGAUAUAUUUAGUUUUGGUAUGAUAAUGUAUGUUGUAGCAACUGGGAGACGACCUUUUGAUAACUGUGCUCAUGAUGAGGUUUUGAUAUUAAAUAUAUAUAAUGGGAUUAGACCUGAAAUAAAUAAUCAAAUUGCGCCAAAAUGUUAUAUUGAUUUAAUGAAAAAGUGUUGGGAUGGAAAUCCAGAUAAUAGACCAAAUUCUAUUGAAAUAAAAGAAAUGAUUGAAUUAUUUUAUAAUUCAUUAGACCAAGAUUUUAAGAAAAAGGAACAACAACACUAUGAGAUUGAAGAACAGUUUAAAGAAACACAAGAAUCUAGAAAAGAAAGUCUUUUAUCAAUUAAAAAUGGUAAAUCAACCACUCAUGCACAAGCUAUUUAUACAUCUCGAUUACUUAAUCCUUUUACAAAAAAUAUUUCCAAUAGUAGUACAGUAGAAAUUACUGAUUUUAAAAUGUAA